AUGGUUGGAAUUGAUCAAUUUACGGGUGUUUUUGUUUCUCGUUUUGGUGAAAAUUCUGAAUUAGAAAAGUGUGGGGAUAUUUGUAGGCCUGGUGAUCAAAUACUUGCAGUUAAUAAUGUGCCCGUUAAAGAAAUGGGAAUUGAUGAUGUUGUUCUAAUGUUGAGUAUUCCUCGUCGAUUACUUCUUAGGACUAGCUUUUUAAAUAGUCAAAGAGAACAAUUAGCAAGUAGACAACAACAACGUUUAUUAGCUGAACGUGCAGCAACAGAACAACGCCCCGUUGUUGUUUUUCAGAAAUCUACAGAAUCUGACAGACGGGAUUCUGAGUCAUCAGGUGCAGGAAUCCUUUCAAAACCAGCUAGCACAGCUGCCAGCUGGCUUGGUAAACGAGUAAGACAACAACAAAAACAGAAAAAACAACAAGAAGAAGAUGAAGAUGCAAAUCAAAAAAACGAAAUAACAACUUCCCAACAACAACAACAAACAUUAAUUAGACAUCGUCAAUAUCCACAAACAACCAAUUAUCAACAACAACCUUCAACAUCUACCACUAAUAUAAUUCAACAACAACACCCUCCUCCACAUUCAAUUACUGACGGAAUUACACAAACAGCAAGAAUUCCACCCCCAAGAAUUAUGCAACAACAACAAUUACAGGCAAACAUUCUUUUCGAAUAA